AUGGCAAACAUCAAGACGGAGACCGCGGAUGAGGGUGUGACUGCUGCCGACCCCGGCGCUAUCAAGAAAGCCCCAUUUUCCAUGGUGGAGUCCGAGUUGCGAGAGAUCUUGGUGCUGGCCAUAGAUCGCCACCCCGCAAUACAUCCCAUUGUCCAACGGCACCUUGACAGGCUUCGGGACAGCAAUCUAGGUGGUUUCCAAGACGACUUUGAGAAAACCCGUUGCGAAGUUUACGCAUGUGCUUCAGAGCCUUGUUAUUCCGACCCCAAGGCAAUCGGAGCAUGCAUCAAGCGAUACUUUGAGAAGCUUCUGAACGUGGCUACCUGAGAGUCACCAUAUGAGGUGAGGUAUUCGGCGGUGGAGUGGUUACUUCGCGUGCUGGACCUACUUGUUUUCAUCAGCGAUCCUCAUGACGUGAGAAAAGAGAUCUGGAGUCAUACAGAUGGCUCUUGCUUGAAACUAGUGAUGCUGGUUUGCCGCUUCAGAACUGCUGAGAGAGGUCGGCUCCUUCGCGAUCACAACAGCCUGAUCAUGCUCAAGAUGGACUUGAUCACAGCGAAUGCCAAGGAUCUCCCCGAACUUCUUCGCAAAUUCGAGCCAACUAUCCACAUUAUUAAAAGCUGGAGAGCUGACUCAAGGGGCUAAGGAAAAUGAGGGAAUGAACGGUGGGCCGGAGUUGGAGGCUGACCAGAGGAAACUACAUUGCCGGAGUGCUCAAAGGAUUGCGAAGGACAAGGAACAAUGGGAACAACCUGCAGAUAGCUUCACUUUGAAGACAAUCACAACCCCUCUUUCAC